UCUGUCCAAUGACAAAGUGUCUUGUGGCUUCGAGCUUUUCCCGGAGACCCAUCCAGUAUAUCGUAUUCAUUAUUGGAGUUCCAGGAUUUCAAGACGAAGGACAGAAGGAGUGAGUGACCCAGUGGGCUGGUUGGUGUGCGGGGAGAGCCGCAGCUAUGGGUGAAAUGGAGGGCUCCUACAGGGCCAUACAGACCCCUGGCACCCGGCUGGGGGCCCAGUUCAAUGCUGGGAUCAGUACCUUGGAGCCGGGCCAGAGCCUCAGUGAUGCCUUGAGCCCCGGGGGUAGGAGCCCAGGCAGGGGACUACAGCUCAGGGUCCAGGGCCUGGACGACACCCAGGAGUUUUACGACUUGGAGUCCAGAGCUGACGGACAGACUCUUCUCUCUGAUGUGUUCCGGAGGAGCAACCUAAUGGAGAGCGAUUACUUUGGCCUAGAGUUCCAGAACAUGCAGAUGAGCUGGGUUUGGUUGGAACCCACGAAGCUUGUUGUGAAACAAGUGAAGAGACCCAUGAACACCCUCUUCAGGCUGUCCGUGAAGUUCUUUCCCCCUGACCCUGGUCAGCUGCAGGAAGAGUACACUAGGUACCUGUUCUCCCUGCAGAUGAAGCGAGACCUGCUAGAGGGCAGGUUGAGCUGUACAGAAAACACCGCUUCCCUGCUGGCCUCACAUCUCCUUCAAUCGGAGAUAGGGGACUAUGACGACAUGGCGGACAGGGACUUCCUGAAGCUGAACAAGCUGCUGCCCAAUCAGGAGAGGAUACAGGAGAGGAUCAUGGAACUGCACUACAGACACCUCGGGCAGACUCCAGCCGACUCAGACUUUCAGGUUCUGGAGAUCGCCCGUAAACUGGAGAUGUACGGCGUCCGUUUCCACCCAGCAGCCGACCGCGAGGGAACGAAGAUCAACCUGGCCGUGGCUCACAUAGGCCUGCAGGUCUUCCAGGGUAACACCAAAAUAAACACCUUCAAUUGGUCCAAGAUCCGAAAACUGAGCUUCAAGAGGAAACGCUUCCUGAUCAAGCUAUACCCAGAGGUUCAUGGGCCUCAUCAGGAUACCCUGGAGUUUCAGAUGGUCAGUCGGGACCAGUGCAAGAUCUUCUGGAAGAAUUGUGUGGAACAUCACUCGUUCUUCCGCCUCUUGGAUCAGCCGCAGCCCAAGUCCAAAGCCAUUCUCUUUAGUAGGGGGUCGUCAUUCAGAUACAGUGGGAGGACCCAGAAGCAACUAGUGGAAUAUGUGAAGGACAGCGGAGCAAGGAGGACACCAUAUCAGAGGAGGAACAGUAAGGUGAGGAUGUCGGCUCGCUCCCUGGCCCCCGAUGUGCCAAAACAGACGUUCUCGUUCAAUGACAGCCUGCGGGCGCCAGGUUCCCCAUCCUCUGCGACUGGGUCCUUCCACUCCAUACAAGUCUUCAGCUCCCCCACACGUCCUGAGCCCCAGGCCCAGUCUACACAGCCUCCUCCCCAGAGCCAGGCCCAGUCUACACAGAGCCAGGCCCAGUCUACACAGAGCCAGGCCCAGUCUACACAGAGCCAGGCCCAGUCUACACAGAGCCAGGCCCAGUCUACACAGAGCCAGGCCCAGUCUACACAGAGCCAGGCCCAGUCUACACAGCCUCCUCCCAAGAGACAGGCCCAGUCUACACAGCUUCCUCUCCAGCAGCAACAGACCCAGCUCCUGUCCCCACAGCUGGCCAGGCCCUCCAGCCCCCCAGCGAAGGAGGACCCCCACAAGGCCACCGACAUCUCCCCAUGUCACCACGCCUUCUCACAAGGUGCCCCAAGUUCCCCGGCGGCAGGAGACUGCAACCCCUCGUCUGUGUGUGUAGAGAGUAGAGCUUCCCAUCCGCAGAAGCAGCCCUCCCAAAAUGGCAAUGAGGAUAGUGAGCAGGGUGGGGGAUGGGGAUCGAGGUGCAGGGAGGGGGGAGGGGGGGAGACGAGAGUGUUCCUCUCAGCUGAUGUGUUUGAGGCGGAGCUUCUCCGAGCCAGGCAGAAGCCCCUGUUCCCAUUGGCUAACACCCAGCUCCAUGUCACAGAGGAGUUCAUAGAUGACGACCCCACUGAGAUGUCGUUCUACGGUGGUGGGGCCGAGGCCUAUUACGGCUAUGAGGAGAAGUGGGGGUCCUCUAUGGACAGCCCCCAGCUCUCCCCGUUCAACUCCAAGAGCUCUCCCCUCUGCCUGUCCCCUUCCUUCCAGAUGUCUACGCUGAGUCUCCCGGGGGCAGGCCAGGCCCCCUCGCCCCUACAGAGCCCCAUCCUGAGUGAGGUGGGCACCAACAGGCUAGAGGAGGAGGAGGAGGAGGGCAGGAGGAAGCGAUAUCCCACCGACAAGGCCUACUUCAUUGCCAAAGAGAUUCUAACCACAGAGAGGACCUACCUGAAAGACCUAGAAGUCAUCACAGUGUGGUUCCGCAGCGCGGUGAUCAAAGAGAACGCCAUGCCAGAGGGGCUGAUGACCCUGCUGUUCUCCAACAUCGACCCCAUUUACGAGUUCCACCGGGGGUUCCUCAAGGAGAUCGACCAGAGACUAGCUUUAUGGGAGGGGCGUUCUAACGCUCAUGUGAAGGGAGACUACCAGAGGAUUGGAGACGUCAUGCUGAGGAACAUGUGUGCUCUCAAGGAGUUCACCAACUACCUGCAGAAACAUGACGAGGUGCUGACCGAGCUGGAGAAGGCCACCAAGCGCCUGAAGAAGCUGGAGACGGUGUAUAAGGAGUUUGAACUUCAGAAGGUGUGUUACCUGCCUCUCAACACGUUCCUGCUGAAGCCCAUCCAGCGCCUCAUGCACUACAAACUGAUCCUAGAGAGACUGUGUAAACACUACAGCCCAGACCACCCCGACCACAACAACUGCAGAGAGGCCCUGAAGGAGGUGGCAGAGAUGACCAAUCAGCUCCAGAGUAGUUUGAUCCGUCUGGAGAACUUCCAGAAGCUGUCUGAGCUCCAGAGAGACCUGAUCGGCAUCGAGAACCUCACUGCGCCUGGCAGGGAGUUCAUUCGAGAGGGUUGUCUGUACAAGCUGACCAAAAAAGGGCUGCAGCAAAGGAUGUUUUUCUUGUUCUCUGACCAGCUGCUGUACACGAGUAAAGGUGUGACGGCCACCAACCAGUUCAAGGUCCAUGGCCAGCUGCCUCUGCACGGCAUGAUUGUGGAAGAGAGUGAGAAUGAGUGGUCUGUUCCUCACUGCUUCACCAUCUACUCUGCCCAGAGGACCAUUGUGGUGGCAGCCAGCUCGAAGGUGGAGAUGGGGAAAUGGAUAGAGGAUCUCAACAUGGCAAUAGAGAUGACCAAGAAAUCUCAGGAGAAAUCGGACCUGUUCCUGGACCCAGGGCUGUGUGAUCGCUCCAACAGGUCGUCGGAUGAGGUUUCUCUGGAUCAGGAGUCAGAGGAUGACAUGUCGUCGUCCCGUAACUCUCUGGAUAAGCAGACCCAUCACCGUGCCAACAGCACCAUGCAUGUCUGCUGGCAUCGCAACACCAGCGUGUCCAUGUCAGAUCACAGCCUGGCUGUGGAGAACCAGCUCUCAGGUUACCUCCUAAGGAAAUUCAAGAACAGCAACGGCUGGCAGAAGCUCUGGGUGGUCUUCACCAACUUCUGUCUGUUCUUUUACAAGACUCACCAGGAUGAUUUCCCGCUGGCCAGCCUCCCGUUGCUAGGUUACACUGUGAGCAGCCCGGGAGAGUCAGACAGCAUCCACAAGGAAUACGUCUUCAAACUGCACUUCAAGUCCCACGUCUAUUUCUUCCGGGCGGAGAGCGAGUAUACAUUCGAGAGAUGGAUGGAGGUGAUUAAGAGUGCGGCCAGUGCUACUGGCAGGAUGAGUCUCCUCAUACCUAAAGGUCCCCUGCAGAUGAAUGGGAACUAACUGCGCUCUUUGAUCUGAUCUACUGCGGCUUAGAAGCUUCUAUCUAAUCUGCGUCCCAAAUGGCACCCAAGGGUCAGUCCUAGAGAGCAAAGGGCUGGGCCCAAUAGACUCUGAGACAAUACUGUAUAAUACCAUCCCUCUCUCUCCCUCUCUACGGUUCUCAUUGGCAUCAUGUUAAAGUAGCACUCAUGUCUUGGAUUUAUUUGGCAGAUAAGGGCUCAGUGAGUGACUGGAAGUUAUUAUAUAUUUCAUUCUCUCCUUCUGGAAUGGUCAACCAUUGUUAUGUGAGAAUCUGUUGAAACAAUGUAUCAGCAGGGAACAGAGUAACAUUCUAAAUCCAGUAAUUGGAUACGUGGUUCAAGAGAGAAGGAUAUACCAGUGCUAUCACGAUCAACAAGGAUGCUUGAGGACAUCCUGUCAAGGAUGAGUGUACACACUCAGCCAGCUGAGAAAGGGAACUAAAGCGAGACUCAUAACCUUCUCACUCUCAAGCCAGUGUAAAACAACUACAUCACAAAACAUAGGAUUGGUUUCCCACACUCGGAUUAAGUCUAGUCCUGGCCUAAAAAAAAGCAUUUAAAAAAAAAUGGAAAAUCACCUUUUUGAAAGUGUUUGUUUACUCCAGAACUAGACUUAAUCUGUGUCCAGAACUAGACUUAAUCUGUGUCCAGAACUAGACUUAAUCUGUGUCCAGAACUAGACUUAAUCUGUGUCCAGAACUAGACUUAAUCUGUGUCCAGAACUAGACUUAAUCUGUGUCCAGAACUAGACUUAAUCUGUGUCCAGAACUAGACUUAAUCUGUGUCCAGAACUAGACUUAAUCUGUGUCCAGAACUAGACUUAAUCUGUGUCCAGAACUAGACUUAAUCUGUGUCCAGAACUAGACUUAAUCUGUGUCCAGAACUAGACUUAAUCUGUGUCCAGAACUAGACUUAAUCUGUGUCCAGAACUAGACUUAAUCUGUGUCCAGAACUAGACUUAAUCUGUGUCCAGAACUAGACUUAAUCUGUGUCCAGAACUAGACUUAAUCUGUGUCCAGAACUAGACUUAAUCUGUGUCCAGAACUAGACUUAAUCUGUGUCCAGAACUAGACUUCAUCUGUAUCUGGAAAACCGUUUUAUAGCGAUUUAUCCAUCAGGUUAUGCUCUAGAGAAGUUUAUACAGCGUUAGUCUAAAGACUGUUGUUUCCUUUUGGCCAGUGAAAGCAUUCUGCGGACGGUCGUUGUCGAGUCUGUAUCGUGUCUGUCUACACGAAGAUACAGGUGUCGAAAGGGAACUGGUAGGUGGAGGAAGGCAGUGAUGAUAUUACAGAGGUGCAGAGCUUGUAGGAUUUAUUUGACUAGGGACUGUGGAAGGGUAACUAGCUGGAGAACAACCUCAGAUACUCUUUCUUUAUACCACGUUUAAAAUAGCUGGACUUGAGGUAGCUCUGGUCCAGGGUGUUGUUUCUACCACUAAGGAAUUAGUGAAGGAAUUAAUGCCCUGGACCAGAGCUCUGGUACAGCAAGAGAGGUAGGGAGGUACCCAGUGAAUGUCCUUUUUUUUUGUUCAUUGAUAAAAGGCAGAUGGUAUUGUAUGUUGAAAUGAGUUAGGAACACAAGCAGUCAAAUCUCCUUUUUUAGGAUAACUUCUGUAAUAGACUUACUUGGGAGGCAUUAUUCCGUUCUUUUGAGAAUUUCGUAGUUCUCAUUUGUUCUGUUGUCACACUGAGGUAUUAAUGGCCAUGGAGUUAAAUCAAAAAUGGAGUGUAAAACACACAAUUCUGUAAGGUACGUUUUCCAUUGAAGUGUUUCAAGGAGUCUAUAUUCAUGUAAAUAAAUGUACAAGUACUUUGUUGGUCCCCGAGAGAAAGAAAAAAACCUUUUGUUAAUGAAGUUUUCCUGUACUAUCAAUAUGUAGUUCUAUUGUAUUUGGCAUACAUUGACAAUAGUCCAACCUAAUUCUGGCCUAAUUCAUAACCUCAAAUGUUGUUAAAGUCAAACAUACUUAAAGCAUUUAAUUGUUGUGUUGGCCAGUUCUACUGUUUGUCUGAUUUCCUAGUUUUAACGACAGCAGGAAGUCAGGAAGGAAGGUGCUACAUUUGAUUCAUGUUUUUUUUGGCUUGCUGGGCUUGUAUAGUUAACUACCAUUGUGUUCUGGAUUAUAGUUAGUUUAGCGUUGUUUUGUUGUUCAUUUAACAUAGGGAUGACGAUGACCUCGUAAAAUUAAUAUGCAGUGUAUAUCCUAAUAUCUAUAGUCUUUUUUUCAUUCUAAUAUGUCGUUAAGGCUGAAGAGCUUGGAUCGGUCCCAAAUGGGAUCCUAUUCCCUAUGGGCCCUGGUCAAAAGUAGUGCACUUUUUUAAAGGGAACCAAGGCGCCAUUUGGGACUCCUUCCACGUUUAGAAGAAGAUCUGUCGUGGUCUUGCUGUAUGUAGUGGGCCUUGUGAGUAUUGUGUGUUUAAUAGGUGACUACAGGAGAUCAGGAUGUGUAUAUUCUCUAAGUGUCUCGGUGUAGAGCUGAUUUAGGAUGAGGUUUUUUUUGGUGCUUUUUUUCCCUUGUAAAUCGUAUGCAUAAGAGGGGAGACCUUCUUACUUGUAACAAACAAGAUAUUGCAAUAUUAUGUUGUCCAAAACUCCACAAGGCCAUUGUAUUAAUACAUAAUCAUGAUAAUCAGGCCUAUUGUAUUAAUACAUAAUCCUGAUAAUUAUCAUCCAACAACAUCUUCUCUAGAAUGAUGCCCCGAUAAAUCUAAUUCUAUAAAAAAGUACUCCUACUUUAAGACGCUAGAUGCAUCCGGGCCCCUGUCCGUUCGUCAUCAGAAAGCCCCCCCCCCCGUUACUGUCUAGUCUACACAUCAUGGUAUUAUCUUUCUGUCUCCGGAGUGAUAGGGGCCAGUGAGGUGUAAGUUCUGUCAUCUUCCUAUGUUGGACUGGAAUGAAUCACAAUGUUUAGGGCGCACCUCUAUCUCAUCCCUGUGGGCGUGUCCCACAUGGCACUCUCUUCCUUAUAUAGCGCACUACUUUUGACCAGGACCCAUAGGGAAUAGGACGCCAUUUUGAGAUGCAUCUCUGAUCUACGGGGGUGGUGGGGGGGGGGGGGGGGGGGGCAACAUCACCUCUCUUAACUCCUUUCCCAGUUCAUCUCUCUGUGUUCAGGUGUGCUAACCAACCAAGGCCCCACUGCCCCCCCCCCCCCCCGUCUGCUGUUCCAGUCGGAUGUUCUUCCUAUUUAUUGUGUAGCAGCCAUGUCAUUGGAGCCCUUCUUGUUCCAGCAAGUUCUGUUAUUAUUGCAUUGAAACGGAUAUAAAGCAAAUAAAAUUGAACAGAUGCAAAACAA